AUGAGGAUCCACUCAACCACUAGCGAUGAGAAGGUGCGCACUGUCAAGGAGUGGCCAAUGCCAGAGUCAAUCCAUGACAUCCAGAGGUUCCUGGGUUUUGCCAACUUCUAUCGAAGGUUCAUAGCCCACUUUGCUCGCAUAGCCAAGCCCUUGACAGCACUGGUAAAGCCUAUAGAACGGUUCAAGAAGUUCGAGCUACCAGAGGAGGCCCAACAGGCCUUCCACAAGCUCAUCCAGGCCUUCACAUCAGCAGGAGUGCUUCAGCACUUCGACUACCACCUUCCAACAAGGUUGGAGACUGAUGCAAGUGACUUUGCUAUAGCAGGAGUGCUCAAGCAGGAGCAUGAAGGACGAUGGCAUCCAGUGGCCUUCUACUCUAGGAAGAUGUCUUCUGCCGAGAAGAACUAUGAGAUCCAUGAUAAGGAGCUCCUAGCUGUGGUCGCCUGCCUCACUCAGUGGCGACACAUGCUAGCUGGACUACCGAACCAACUGGUCAUCCUCACUGACCAUGAAGCCCUCAAGUACUUCAAGUCACAGAGACACAUCACAGGUCGACAGGCUCGAUGGGCCAUACUACUAGCAGACUUCGACUUCAUAUUGCAGUAUCGACCAGGAGACAAAGGUGGUGAACCCGAUGCUCUCACCAGAAGGACAGACAUGCAACCAGCCGGUGAAGAGCAGGAUCACAAUGUGAGGCAACUACUGCCUCCUCGAGUGUUCAAGGAGACAGCAGACCAUGACUCGCUCCUAGUGGCCCCCAUGAUCUCGAUGGAGUCCAUAGCAUCAAAAGGUCUCAAAGACCUGGUCAAGAUCUUCCAGCCCUUAGACCAAGAGCUACAGGAGAUACAUAGGAAGAAGCCCUUCGAGGUCAGGGAUGACCUAUGGUACAGUGGAGGAAGGUUGGUUAUCCCCAAGGUGAUCAUGCCAGGGAGGACCAACAACCGACACUCAAGGAGUGCCAAAGAGGUAGAUGGACAGUCUCUCUCUGUAGAGCAUCUGCGAUUCAUGGUGAUGACCCAAUGCCAUGAUGGUAUCACUGCUGGACACGUAGGAAGAGAUGCUACCAUCAAGGCAGCUCAACGACAUUACUGGUGGCCAAACAUGACAGCUUGGAUUGCAGACUAUGUAGCAAGUUGUCCUGUAUGUGCUAGGUACAAAGCUCCUCGUCAUCGUCCAUAUGGUUUGCUACAGCCACUAGCAACCCCAGACAGGCCCUGGGGCUCCAUAUCCCUCGACUUCAUUGAAGGACUACCACCAUCAAAGAAGUAUGACUCCAAGACCUAUGACUCUAUCCUAGUCAUUGUCGACAGGUUAACCAAGUUUGCCAUACUAGCUCCAACCCAUAAGACGGUCACAGCCAAACAGACUGCAGUAUUGCUGUAUGGACACAUGGUUAGACUCUUCGGAUAUCCAGAUCACAUGGUCUCGGACCGAGGCAGGCAGUUCAUAUCCGGAGCAUGGAAGGCAUUUGCAGAGCAAAUGGGUGUGAAGCACUCACUUAGCACGGCUUACCAUCCUCAAACUGAUGGUCAGACAGAGAGAGUCAAUCAGGUCAUAGAACAAUAUCUCAGGAUGUACUGCAACUAUGAGCAGAAUGACUGGGCCAACCUGCUGGACACUGCGGCCUUUGUAUACAACAACACGGUCCACAACAGCAUUGGUGUCUCACCAUUCUUUGCAUGCUAUGGAUGGAACCCCAAAGCUCAUCCUGACAUCCCUCAACGACUAGGAGUCAAUGAUCCAGGUCGCUUCGAGUACCUCAUGGAUGGAAAGGAGCGUUGCAAGUACCUCCAGGAGCAGAUCAGAGAGGCACAACGCAGAUCAGUAAACCAGUAUAACAGGAAGCACAAGGACAUCGAGUUUAAGGUGGGUGAUAUGGUCUAUAUCAACCGACGAAACUGGAAGACAAGGAGACCCACACCCAAGUUAGACACCCGGUUCGCAGGACCCUACCCAGUUCAGGAACGGGUAGGACGCCGAGCUUAUCGAAUCACAUUGCCAGCAAACCUUAGGGUGCAUGAUGUGUUCCAUGUCUCCAUGCUCGAGCCAGCAAGAACAAGUUCUCUUCCUCAACGUGCUGAACAGCCCACCAUACCAUCACUUCCAGAUGAGGACCUCGACUUCGAAGUCGAAGCACUCAUCGACAAGCAUUCACACAAUGGGACUACGGAGUACAAGGUGUUGUGGAGAGGGUACUCAGAGGAAGCUGCUUCAUGGGAACCAGUAGAGAACCUCAACUGUCCCGACCUCAUCCAGGAGUAUGAGGUGUCGGAGGGGGGACGAGUGAGUAGACAGAGUGAAGAGAGGAGGAGAGAACAGGAGGAGUAG